GUUGCAAAUAUGGCGAAACCGCUACAAGUAUCGGUGGUUACAAUUUGUAGUGUUGUAUGCGGUGCAGUGCAAUAGUUUCUGGCUUUUGAGGUUUGGGUUCGUUCAAGGCGUUCAAGGGUUCGUUUGGGGGUACUGCAGAAGUAAAGUCCUGCUGUAGUGUGGUAGCACUGGCAUUCUCUACAUAGCACCUGUCUGCACACUAGCCGUCAUGCUUCCACUGCGUCAAGUGCUGCGCGCCGCCCCGCGCCUCUCUGGGCCGGCCUCGACUCAGCGCGGCCUGGCCACGCUCUCUGAGGAGCACCGCAUGCUGCAGAAGACGUGCCGCGACUUUGCCGACUCUGUGCUGGCUCCGGCGGCGGCGCGCAUCGACAAGGCGCACGAGUUUCCGGCGGCGGCCGUGACGCAGAUGGGUGAGCUCGGCCUGAUGGGCAUCGACGCACCCGAGGAGUAUGGCGGAGCCGGACUGGACACCAUGUCCUACGCCGUUGCCAUGGAGGAGCUGUCGCGCGGCUGCGCCGCCACUGGCACCAUCAUGUCGGCGCACAACUCGCUGUACCUCGGCCCUCUCAAGUACCACGCCACGCCGGAGCAGCUGAAGCAGUGGAUGCAGCCGUUCACAGACGGUAAGCUUGUCGGCUGUUUCGGUCUCAGCGAGCCGGGUAACGGCUCGGACGCCGGCGCCGCCUCCACGACGGCCACGCUGAAGGGCGACCGGUGGGUGCUGAAUGGCACCAAGGCGUGGAUCACCAACAGCUGGGAGUCGUCGGCGGCCAUUGUGUUCGCCACCACCGACAAGGCCAAGAAACACCGCGGCAUCAGCGCCUUCAUCGUGCCAAUGCCCACGCAGGGAUUCUCGCUGGGGAAGAAGGAGGACAAGCUCGGUAUCCGCGCUACCUCCACGGCUAACCUCAUCUUCGAAGACUGCGAGAUCCCCAAGGAAAACCUGCUCGGUAAGGAGGGCGACGGCUUUAAGAUCGCGAUGCGCACACUGGAUAACGGCCGAAUCGGCAUCGCCGGGCAGGGCGUGGGUAUCGCUCAGGCGGCUAUCGACUGCGCCAUCGACUACGCCUCCAAGCGGACCGCGUUCGGCUCGCCGAUCCUGAAGAUGCAGACGAUCCAGUCAAAGCUGGCCGACAUGGAGCUUCGCACCGAGUCGGCCCGCCUGCUCAUGUACAAGGCGGCGAUGCUCAAGGACGAGGGCAAGAACUUCACCAAGAUGGCGGCCAUGUCGAAGCUAGCGGCGUCUGAGGCGGCCACCUUCUGCGCCCAUCAGUGCAUCCAGAUUCUGGGUGGCAUGGGCUAUGUGUCAGACAUGCCAGCAGAGAGGUUGUACCGCGACGCCCGCAUUACGGAGAUCUACGAGGGCACCUCCGAGAUCCAGAAGCUGGUCAUCACCGGAAACAUGAUCAAGGAGUAUGGUCUUUAAGAGAGGUAGGUUGAUAUGGGAGUAUGCUAUUGGAGACGAUUAUGUGGAAACUGGUCAAACUGACACUUUGGAAGGAAUUUUUAACACCUCGUCUCGCGUGUGCGCUGAGACGAGUGGUGCCGUUAGGUAGUCUAUCGGGAGACUCAGUGUGGGAAACUAUGGAGUAUGGGGUUACAAUGCACUGAGCGAGUGCCAGUGACAAAUACAUCAAUGCAAUGCGAGGUUGUUCGACGGCGCGACGCUCGCCGGGGCGAGUACGCUGCUUGUGGUCCCGUCGACAGCCUCGCACCUAAUAUGUUUGCCAGCAGCUGUCGUGGCUAGACUGGCAGCAGUCGAUUGGUGAUGUGAGGAUACAAAUAGUGAUAUUUUGAUGCUACAGCUGUAAAGAUCCUUACAUGAAUAUAUACAGUCCAUUACCUG